AUGCAGUUUUCCGUCUUCUCCACCAGCUUCCUCGUCGCCAUCCUAGCUGGCACUGCCCUCGCAGCCCCCUCUAACCUCAAGGAAAGGUCCAGCACCAACCCAUGCGGUAAAGGCAGGGACUGCUGUUAUAGCAGCAAGCCCGCGUGUGAGAGACAAGUGGGCUCUCUCGCUUACUAUCUCACCUGCUUUGACCCCGACGUCGUGACCUACUGCUCUGACGAAGGCAUUACAAUGGCUCAAUGCGAUGCCGAUUGCUGCUCCAUCAAGACAACGUUUGGUCGUAGCUGCUCUUAA